CAUGUUGUACAAGCCUGUAGCUAUCUCUUUAAGUGUCCUGUAACAUGACUCCAGUCUUUUUCUCCUCCUCGUUUGAAGCAGCUCAGCUCUCCCAACCAGAUCUGCUGACGUGUCGGCUGCGCGCGCCGUGGGACUGCAGCCCUACAAUCAAACACCGUCAGCAUGGCUUCACUAAAUUCAUAUUUUUAUAUUUUAACUCUUUUUCUUUAUACAUGCUUCAGUAUAUCCAGCGCGGACCGGCGCUUCUCCGACCUGAAACGAUGCGCAGAUGAUGAAUGUAGCAUGCUUCUCGGCAGAGGAAAGGCCGCGAAGGAUUUCACGGGGCCAGACUGUCGCUUUCUCUCUUUUAAGAAAGGAGAGACAAUAUAUAUGUAUUAUAAACUCUCAGGACAGAGGUCGGAUUUGUGGGCCGGCAGUGUUGGAAACCACUUUGGUUAUUUUCCAAAAGACUAUCUUAAUAUAAAUCAUAUUUACACUGAUAAAGAGAUUGAGGUUCCAGCAGAGGAAACAGAUUUUGUUUGCUUUGAUACUGGGCUUGAUAAGUUUGAAAGCUACGAUGUAGAUGUGCUAUUAGGAAACUCAUUGUUAAUAGAAAAUGAGGAUUUGAAAGAGGACUCGCCUCAUAAUAAAGCUGAUGCAUCUGAAACAGAGACAGAAAGUUCAGAGUCGACAGCACAUCUUAAAACAUUAGACUCAGAAUCACCUGAGACGGUAAGGUCAGAAUCUCCAGCGUCUCCUGAAAAAGAUGCAUUACUCUUAAAAACUAUAGAUGAGGAAUCUGAUAGCUUACAAGCGAAGAUAGAAGAAAUCUUAUCAGAACCAGCAUUUGAAUCUGAAGAUGUGGUACAGGAAGAACCAGAAACAGCAGCGGUUCCACUUCUAGAUGAGCAAGCUGAUAUUUCACUAAACAAUGACGCAGUUGCCUUGGAGGAUCUCAAAACAGAGCCAUCAGAAUCUGAUGUUCAGUAUGAUUCUUCUAAGCUGAGCAACCAAAGUGUCUCUGAGAAACGAUCUGAUUCGGAGGACGUCACUGAUUUUGAACCUCAGGAGUCACUGGAACCUGAAGCUCGAAAAGAGGAUUCAGAGGUAGAACUUGUCAAAACAGAUCAAGAAAAAACACUACAAACAGCAGAGAAAACACUCGAAACAUUUGAGGAGGUCACUGAGGAUAAGAAUGUGGGGUCAACAUUAAAGGAUGGUUUUGAAGGAGAGCACAAAGAUGAAAAGCAAGACACUGGAUCUCCUGAAGAAGUCACCAAAGACCAACACGAGGAGGCAUUACCUGAGGAACCCCAAGAAUCACAUUUCAAAGAUCUCACCAGUCCUGAGAAACUACAUAAAGAAAAUGACUCUGAAGAACAAGAAAUCGCUGAUGAUAAACUUCCAGAACUUUCUCAGCUGCAACACGACACUAAUACUCCAGAUGCAACUGGAGACUCCAAUGACACUCAGCCAAAGAGUCACAACAUCCCAUCUGAACAACCUGUAGAAAGCCAUGAGUCUGAGAGCACAUCCACAUCAUUAAAUGCAGACAGGGUGCUCACAGAUGAUGACAUUGUAAAAGACGAUACACCGAAGGUAGAGACAAACAAGACCGAAACAACAAAUGAAAACACUGAAGAUCUCCAGAAGGUCAGCACGAACACACAUGAAAAUGCAGAACCCCAGAACUCUGUUACAAACCAGGAUGAUAAAGCAGAUGACCACAUUAAAGAAGAUGAUCCAGAGAAAGUAGGUGCGAACAAGACAACAACAAAUGAAAACACUGAAGAUCUUCAGAAGGUCAGCACGAACACAAAUGAAAAUGCAGAACCUCAGAACUCGGUUACAAACCAGGAUGACCACAUUAAAGAAGAUGAUCUAGAGAAAGUAGACGCAAACAAGACAACAGCGAAUGAAAACAGUGAAGAUCUCCAGAAGGCUAGCACGAACACAAAUGAAAAAGAAAACAUUAAAGACGACGUACCUCAGAACUUUGUUACAAACCAGGAUGAUAAACCAGAUGACCACAUUAAAGAAGAUGAUCCAGAAAAAGUAGACGCAAACAAGACAACAAUAAAUGAAAACACUGAAGACCUCCAGAAGGUCAGCACGGACACGAAUAUAAAUGCUAACGAAACCAUUAAAGACAGCGAACCUCAGAAAUCUUUUACAAACAAGGAUGAAACAGCAGAUGACCACAUUAAAGAAGAGGAUCUGGAGAAAGUAGACGUAAACAAGACCAAAACAACAAAUGAAAACACUGAAGAUCUCCAGAAGGUCAGCAUGAACACAAAUGUAAAUGCUAACAAAAACAUUAAAGACGACGAAGCCCAAAACUUUGUUACAACCAAGGAUGAAAAAGCAGAUGACCACAUUAAAAAAGAUGAUCCGGAGAAAGUAGACAUAAACAAGACCGAAACAACAAAUGAAAACACUGAAGAUCUCCAGAAGGCUAGCACAAGUACAAAUGUAAAUGCUAACAAAAACAUUAAAGACAGCGAACCUCAGAUCUCUGUUACAAACCAAGAUGAAAAAGCAGAUGACCACAUUAAAGAAGAUGAUCCAGAGAAACUAGACGCAAACAAGGCAACAACAAAUGAAAACACUGAAGAUCUCCAGAAGGUCAGCACGAACACAAAUGUAAAUGCAGAACCUCAAAACUCAGUUACAAACGAGGAUGAAACGGCAGAUGACCACAUUAAUGAAGAUGAUCCAGAGAUGUCCAUCAUAAACGAAAAUAUUGAUUUGCACGAGUCAGAAGAAGCAGAAGUGUUGGAAAAUCCAGAAACAGUGGACAACACAGAUGAUCAGAUAAAUAAAGUAAGGAACGAGCUCACAGAUCUGCUAAGAAACACCUUAGAAUCAGAGAAACGGAGUCCUGAAGAUGAACCUCAAGAUCAAGAUGAGAAGGAAGACCCUGAAGAGCUUCUGGAGGAUGAGAAUGCUCUGUUCUCUUUGAAACCUGAAGAAGACACGCAUGACGCUGAAGAGAACCAACAACCUGAAAUUCAGUAUGAAUCUGAUCAAUCUGAUAACAACACAGAACCAGAAGAGGUGCCGUCCUCUUCUUUCACAAACGUGACUCAGACCGAAGAUGAAGAUGGGUCAGAAGAUAAUCAGAAGGUUUCUAGUGAGGAGCCUGAAUACAGUGACAGCAUAUUAAGACUUACAAUUUUAAGAGAUCACGUAAAUGAUGAAGACAUGGAGCGAAUUCAAAAGUUUCUCGGCUUGAAAAACCUUUUCAAACUGGAGGCCAUGUUUUCUGACCUGGAUCAGGAGUUGAUGUCCGUCAAGAUGUCGGAGACGAGAACUGAAAAUAUUGAGAACACGCUGGACCAGAUCAUGGAGGCUUCAGAGAACUCAAUUCUCGAUGUGACGGAGGAAAUGCUAAACGAAAGAGAGCGAAUAGCUCAGGAACACGGACUGGAAAAAGAAACGGACGUGUUUGAUCUAGAUGCUACAAUCCUCGAUGCGUUUCAGGAGAUUGUGUUCUCUUUACGGCAGAAAUAUUCAACAGCCAGCGAGAGCGUACCACUGCUUGAGGAAGAGCAGUUUGUGUCUCAAACAGAGGAACAAUAUGAUGCUGAAGAAGAAAAGGAUGCGGUCAGUGAUGCUGAAACUAUUAAACCACUUGAAAGUCUUGAGAUUCAAGAGGAGGAGAAUGAAUCUGAGAUCAUUCUGAAUUCUGAAUUAAAUGUAAACACACAAGAUGUGUCUCCUGCUCAAGACCUGGACCUUGAGGAGGACGGCGGUCAUUUCAACAAAAAUAAAGAUGCUCAAAUAGGUUUCGAGGAAGCUGAGGAGAUCCAAAUAGGGCCUCAUGCUAUUUUAGAGAAACCAGGAUUUCACUUUGAAGUGGACCCAUCUUCAGAUUCACUGGAGACUCCGAGCGUAUCUGACUUCCAUGACGCUGAAACCAACACUGACAUCUCCAGCUCAACCACUUCAGAUGAACUUUGGAGCCUCCUGCUUCCUGUCAAAGAAUAUCUUGGGGUGUAUGCAGAAAUUCUGAUCGCUGCUCUUCCGGAGGAAUGGAGACCGGGUCCCACUUUUCACGGCGUUCCCUGGGAGCCGGUGAUGGUCACGGCUGCCGUCGGUUUCCUUACGGUCCUGAUGUUUUUCUGGAGGACGCUGCUCGCUAUCAAAGGCAGAACUUAUCAAUUAACUGAAAAGCAGCUUAAAGAGAAGAUCCAGCAACUUCUCAGUGAGAAAUCUGAUGCUGCUGAAAAGAUAUCAAAACUAAAUGAAGUGAUUAAGGAACGUGAAGAACAGUUCAAAAACUCAGAGAAGAACCUCGGUUCAAGCCAGCAAGAAAUGAAACAGCUAAAGACGCACCACCAGAAACUCCAAAGCCAGUGUGAGGAAAUGUCUAAAAGUGUUUCUCAACUUAACCAGAAAAUCAUUGACACACAGGAAGAGAAUUCAAAUCUGAACGAGAAGAUUUUAAAGAUGCACCAAAGGAUUGAGCAAUACCAGAAAACUCUGAAGAACUUCGAUGAGGAGCGUGCAAAGGUUCAUGUCCUGGUGGAUGAAGCUAAAUUGAGAGAAGAUGCCCUGAAGGCUCAGAUGAACUGCUUUGAGAAAGAAAACGGUGCUUUGAAAGAACAGAAGAAGUCUCUGCUGCGUGAUGUUAAAGACUGGCAGGAAAAACACGAGAAGCUCGGCGAGAAGAUCAGAGUUUUCCACAAAUCCCAGAAGGAGCUGGAGGACUCACUGAUGCACAAGGAAAAUGAGAUUGAAGUUCUGUCCAGCUGUAUUGCCGAGCUCAAUCGUUUAGGAGCCUGUGAUGCAGCAGAACUUCAGAAAGAUGAUGCUAAAAUGUCUCAUGGAGAGGACGGUGAAAAGAAGAUCGACACCAUGAGAAUGCGUAUUAAACAGAUGAUGGACGUCUCAAGGAUUAAAGCCACUCUGAGCGUUAUUGAAGACGAGAGAAACCGCUACAUGGAAAGUCUUCUCAAUGAACAGAGGAGCAGACAAGAGCUUGAGGAGCAAUAUCAGAAGGUCAUGCACGACCAGAUGCAUCUGAAUAAUGAGAAGACUCAUCUAGAGAACCAGUUCAAGAUCCUGCAGCAGAGGCUGGAGAUCACAACUGAGCUUUAUCAGCAGAAAGAGAACGCCUUACAGCAAAAGUUGACUAAAGAGGAGCUGGAGAGGCAUGAGAAGGAGACGAAGCUGUCGGAGGUGGACGGUAAAGCUGUGAGAUCAGAGGAGGAGCUGAGAGUCCUCAAACAGAAGAUCAGAGAAAUUGAGGAGGAGAUGCAACAGAAUGAACAAACAUUGAAGAAUGAGGUCGCAGUCCAGGAAAAGAAAGCUCAUGAGAACUGGCUGAAAGCUCGCGCCUCAGAACGAGCGCUGGUGGAGGAGAGGCGAGAGGCCGCCACGCUCCGGCAAAAGCUGGUGGAGUGCAGCGAUAAAAUAUCAGAUUUGGAGCAAACUCUCUUUAAACUCAACUCUGCACCUCCGGAUCGCCACGCACGUCCCAUGCGGAGAGGUGAUUCAUACGGGCCAUCCCCCGUCAGUGGGGGCGCUCCGUCUCCUCCUCUAAUGAUAGAGGGUCCCGGUCGACCCCCUUCUGCUCCUGUAGGCCGGCGAAAUGACUCGUUUGGUCCACGUCCUCCCUCGGACCCUCACGGACGCUUCUCUGACCUCGGACACCCAUUGCCUUCUCGACCAGAAAUGUUCCCUCCCAUGACAUCAUCUCCAUGUGCACAUGAUGGACCAAUGCAGACAGCACCGGUCCCUGAGGCGACCGAGGUCUCAGAGCAGAUCACAUCUGAGCCGGUUGAGUCUCUCUCAAAGUCUCAGGGUCAGGGAUCUUUCCUACCUUCUCCCAUUCGGGAUUCUCCCGUGCCACCACUGAAUGCCCCACUAAAGUCUUAUGGACCCCCAAUCAUGGGUGGACCGGUUCCACCCAAUGGACCUCCUCAUUUAAUGAUCAGACCACCCAAUGGCCAUCCACCCAUGAUGCCCCCUGGACCCUCACUUGGUCCUGAUCCACGCUUCAGACCACCACCACUAGAUUCUUAUGGGCCUCCACCUCCGAUCGGCCCAUUUGGUCCAGUACCACCACCUUUUGCAAGAGGCCCAAUGAUGCGAGACCUCCCGCCCAUGGGGCCGCUUCCCCCUCCACGUGACAUCCCCCCUGAAUUUUUCGGACCCCGCGGGCUUCCUCCACGGGGCUUCUCCUCCGGACCUCUUCCACCUUUUGGAGCAAUGGUUCCUCCCCCGUACGCCAGCCGGGGCUUCCCCGGACCCGUUCCCCGGACGAGCUCUAGAGACAAUGAGGAGAACGUCACAUCAGCCAACAAUCCCCCCACAGACGGCUCCUCGCAGCGGGACACGGGUGAUUCCUCACUGGCAGAGCCAUAAACAAACUUGAAGUUUCAUCGGCUUUGAUUUACUUCACGUUUCAUUCUGUCCCAGUUCUUUUCAAUAUUUAAACACCAGCCGCAUUUGGUCUGGUUGGGAAAAACCAAAUGGUUUGAUUUGUUUGCCAUUUUUGCUGAAGCAUAUUUCAAUGACACAAUGUGAGAGAAAUUUUGAGGGUUUUAAUUUGCAAACCUUUCCUAUGGAAAUAGUUUGAUUUAAAAAUACAUUCGAUUUUUUUUUUUUUUCCGGUAAGGCUGCUUAACAGUUUAAUUGAAAUCUCUACCACUCAUCCAGUGCUAAUGCACCGUGUGAUCAUCUAACCAGUCUAACAUUCAUAUUUAGGCACGUGAGUUAAACCAUCACAAAGCCUUUAAUAUAAGAGAGAAUUUCAAUAUUUUUAUGCCUUUUUCAACAAAUAUUUCCUGCUUUUAGUCUGAUAAUUGCUCGCUUAUGUUUGUUUCUUUUAAUGUUUAAUUUUCUUUCCGUCUGUGCUUAUGAUUUCUUUUCCUAGCGGAAAGGCACAUAUGAUGUCAUAUUGACAGAGUAUUUGUACAUUUCUCUCGGCUGCGUAUACAAUAAAUACAUUUUCAUAAAUCUGUCCCUAACAUCACUAGAUUUAAUCUCACUUAUACAGGUUUCAUAUUUACAAAGUCAGCAGGGGAUUUCUAGCACAUAAUAAUGUUUUAUUGUAAUAAUGGAGGAUGUGAGAACUUUUUGGCAUGAAUUGUUGAAUUGAAUGCAUCCAAAGGACUCAGACAUUACGUAUAACUCACAAAAUUGUGUUAAAUGCCAGAGUUUCCAUGCAAAUGGUUUUAUGAAUGAUUAACACACAUUGAGUUGAAUUUUAAUGCGGUAAUUUACAUAAGAAUGCUAAUGAAUGAUUUUUUGAUGCAAUGCUCGGAAACAAAUGUCCUUUAAGUCUGUAGACCCUUUUUAUUUCUUUGCCCAAAUGUUUUGUUUGAUAUUAGAGUAAAUUAUUUCAGAAGUGUGUUGAGAGGAUGUGUGAAUAUCAAAUCUGUUUUAACAAACAGUGAUGUUGAUGUUAUAAGAAUGAAUGAGUUGAAUAAAGCAGUUGUUUUUCCUGUAGAGAAUGGUUUGUGUUUUAAGCAGGUUACGGUGAAUAAUGUGUUUAUUAAAGGUCACCUAAUGUGAUAAAUUCA